AUUAAAAUACUGAUACAUCAGUUUUUCUUCCCCGCCCCGAUCAUUGUCUUCUUCCCCAUUUCCAAUAUCCUGUAACAAAACAAUCACCACUAUAUCCCCAUUCAUGGCAGAUUGGUCUCAACUCCCAAAAGACCUCCUCCACCUCAUCUCCCAAAAACUCAACUCCCAAUUCUACCAACUCCGCUUCCGCUCCGUCUGUUCCUCAUGGCGCUCCUCCACCCCCCCAAAUCACCACCACCAUCUCAAUCUCCCUCCCAAAUUCCCAUCUCCCUCCAACAACGAUGAUUCCACCAACAACGAUGACUCCACCUUCCCUCUCUCGAAACGAACCCUCUUCCUCAUCUCCCCACCCCCAAAUCAACCAACCCCACAACCAUGGUUAAUCAAAAUCGGCCCUGACUCACGUGACCUAACUCGCCUCUGGCACCCUCUCUCACGUGACAAACAACUCCCUAUCCAUUUCCCUAACUUCAUCGAUUUCAACCACCUCCCUAUCGUCGAUCUCGGUUGCGAAUUCGUCAUCGGUAACUUCCCUUCCCAAUCCUCCUCUCUCCCUCUCAACAACACCUCACUCUACAUGGAGAAGGUUGUUGUAUUUGAUGCUGACACGUGGCAGAUCGGAAAAGGUCGCUGUUCGGUUCUUCUCACUAUUCACAUUUCCGGAAAACUCGCUGUAUUCCGAUGCGGUGAUGAACGGCAUGAUGAGAAUUCGGAUGCGAAAUGUGAUGAGAAGUGGAUGAUAAUUCCUGAUAUGCUGACGCCUUAUGAUGAUGUAUGUGUUUAUAAAGGGCGGCCGGUUGCGGUUGAUUGUACCGGUCGGGCGGUUGUCGUGGGACCGGAUUUGAGUGUGGAGAUGGUUGCUGAGCCGGUGUUUGGCGGAGAUAAGAAAUUCUUGGUGGAAAGUGAGGGUGAAUUGUUGUUAGUUGACAAAUAUUUGUCUUGUCUUGUGAUGAAUUGUUUGAGGGAUGAUGGUAAUGGUAAUGGUGAUGGGGAUGGCAAUGGUAAUGGUAAUGGUGAUGGUGAUGGUGAUGGCGAUGGUGAUGGUGAGUUUUAUGAGAUUGGAAGGGAGAGAGCGGUGAGAUUUGAUGUGUUUAGGCUUGAUGAGAAGGAGAAGAAGUGGGUGGAGGUGAAGAGUUUGGAGGAUAGGGUUUUGUUUUUGGGGGAGGAUUGUGCUUUUUCUGCUUCGGCUAUGGAUUUGCGGAUUGGAUAUGGGAAUUGUGUGAUAUUUAGGGAUGAUGUUUAUAGUGAUUCUGGAUCGAGUGAGCUUGGGGUUGGUGUUUUUCAGUUGGGUCAGUUUAGGAUUGCGCCGUUGUCUUGUUUUCCGUGUUAUUCUAUGUUUUUUUGGCCACCUCCGGAGUGGAUUGGGCUGCAUUGACAAUAACAGGUUGGAUUGAAAGGUUUGGAAGUUGAAACUGAUGAAUUGUGCUGGAAAUAAUCGACACUUAUUGGUUAGUGCUGUUACAGAUUUAGUUUUAUGAAAUGCAAAAUGAUAUUAUCAUUACUAUUUUCAUGUUAAUGUUGUUGACAUUUGAUUUGUUUCUGUUGAUAGGUUGGAUUAGUUUUUCAGUAAGUACUUGUAGAAAAAUAAAUGCUGAAAUGAUUCUGGGCCCUUGUAUAAAUUGUAAUUGUUUUCUGCACUUCAACUUUAUCAAAAGAUCCCUUAUAGUGUUAUCUAACUUGUUUGUAAGCAUAGGAACUAAAUGCUUAACUCACUCAAACUGGGUCAUACUACUUAUAGGUAAGGGAUUGACAAGUAUUACAUAAGAUUUACUGUAAGGAGCUUAGGUCUUUGCCAUAUUUGGUUCGUAAGAACUUAGAAGGGACGUGUAAUUAUAAGCUGAAAUUUCAUAAUUGAAAUGUGGAGUGACCUAGAAAAGUAUCAUGCAUUUUACCUUUAUCUUGAUUUAAUUUUGUUGUUCCUAGUAGUGUUGUUGAUGGCUGUCUAUGGCAGAGAGCCAAAAUUCCUCCAUAUCAGAAGGACACUUUCCGGCGCCGUUAUAGUGGAUUAUGGCGGAAAAACCUGCAAUAUCAAUCGAAAUUUACCAUUGUGGCGAGCCCAAAAACCGCCAGUAUAUCUGCUGCCAUAGUGCCACAAUUGCGGAUAUUUAAUAACACUGGUUCCUAGUGAAAUGAGGUUGAUUUCAUUCUGAAUAAGAAUCAGCCAUCUGCUGUAACAUGCCUUUUCGUAUAAGGCUUAAUCUGCUGAAAUUAGUUGUACCUCCUGCCACAACAAUGGGGAUACUUGCAUGCUGUCCCCCUUUUAUAUUAUGAUGCAACAUUUCUUUCAAUUGUCAAUUUUAUCAUCUGGCUCUUUCAUUUUUUCUCCAAUUAAUCCUAAAUAUCAGCUUGUGCUUUCUAACUUUGCACAAGACUCCAACAUUACCAAGUCUUCAACAUUACCAAAAAACUACGCAGUGUCAGCCAAAGAUAACAAUGUAUAUUUUGAAUUCCAUCCUAUUCUGUGCUCUGUUAAGAGUCAUUCUUCCAAUGAGAUUUUUCAAAAAGGACUCCUUGACAAAGAUGGGCUUUACUUGUUCCCCAACCUUCUGCAGCAUAUUACACCUUCUCUUCCUACUGCAUGUAUUUGUAAUACUGCUGGAUCUCCUCCUGUUAAUACCUCCUUUUCUAGUUCUAUUACCUUUUCUACUUGGCACCCCUAGACUUCGGACAUCCAACGUGUCACACUCAAACUUUAUAAUAUUCUAUUUACUAGUUUAUAAAGCACAUCACAUAGAUUACCAGUUCAUUAUAUAUCGAGCCUUAUGGUUUCCUGCUCCCUUUACCUUCACAACUUUCACUUACUUCAUUACCUUUGUAAAGGCAUUUACACAUUUUCUUCUCCUUUGACCAUACCAGAACCACAAAAUCCAAUUCAAGUCUCAAGAGUGUUUGUUUGUUAGGUAUUUAACAUCCCACAAAUGCUACAAGUUUCCUCCUGUACAUCUCAUAAUUUUUUUUUUUUAAUGAAGCUAUGUUUCUAUAGGAUGAUCUUUUUUUGCUUCCAUCACCUCAUCCUCCCAAAAAUUUUCCCUUGCAUUGAGAUCAUUAUUGUCAACCUAUAUUAUAGAUACUGUACCUUUUUAGUGGAAAGGGUCCGAGUCAGUGUAGGACACCGGUACUGACACUUGAGGUUACGUUUAAUUUAUAGAUUUUUUUAAAUUAUUAUCGGUCUCACCGUGUCACUUGAGGUUACGUUUAAUUUAUAGAUUUUUUAAAUUAUUACCGGUCUCACCGUGUCAGGGUCUUGUUCGCUUGAUAGGUUUUUAAAAGGUUUAAUUAAAAGUAAUUAGGAGAUUUUGCAAUUCAAUCAGGCCAGUGAAAUGCACACGACUGUCAAGUACUAGCCACAUUUCAAUUGCUGCAAUUAUUUUAUCAGCUAUUAUCACUUUUUGUUAACAUUGUUGUUUUGCUUUGAUCUUAGGCUGUUUCAAUAUUUUCUUUUCUUUGGGUUGUUUGGUAAAAAAAAACUGUUUUUAUCUCUUUUUCAUGAGAAGGGUGAUUUAUGAUCUAUUUUGACUUAGAAUCAUCUAUUGAAUAUUUAUGUGUCUUACGAUUAACUCACAACUUCAAAAACAAAAAAAAAAAAAAAAACCCAAAAACAGAGAAUCUAUGGAAAAGAAAAAUCAAAAUCAAAAUCAUUAUGAAAAAUAUCACCGAACCAGUCACACCUUCAAUAAAUAUAAUGCCAAUUUUUUACAAAAGAGUAGCAUGUCCAAUUGAUUUGGUGUUAGAUACAAUUAGUGCGGUUCAUGGAUAGAGUAAGACAAUACACAAGAAUUUUAUCUUGAUUUCUCCUAUAAAUCAGGAGUAGUCCAAUCCUUUUAUACUUCCAAGAAAUUUCCACAAUAAUCGAUUCUGGUUACAAUUUGCUCAAGCACACAAGCAAGAGACAUCCAAUGCCCAAGCACACAAGUAAGGAACUUCAAUUCUCAAGCACACAAAUAAGAGACUUCUGAUUGCUCCAACACACAAGCAAGAGAUUUUUGACUGCUCAAGAACACAAGCAAGUGACUUUACAAAUGUCCACGCUCACAAGCGAGAGACUUCAAACACACAAGCAAGAGACUUCAGUAGUCAAGCACGUUGGCAAGAGACUUCACUGUUCAAGCACACAGACAAGAGACUUCACUGCUCAAGUACAGAGGCAAGAGACUUCAAAUAAUCCAUCUGAUCGAUAAAUGAGAGUGAUAGAGUGAUGAUAGUUACACUUGAUAUUCUAUUCAAUCAGAGGUGUAAACUGAUUACAACAUAGAAAAACUCUAAGACCUAAGAACUUCUAAGAAUGUACAAUGAGUUCCAUGAAAGAUUCGUUGGAGAAAUCUUCAAGCACAAGAGAGACGUUGUAGAAAAGCAUCAACAGAUCCGUUGCGAAGCUUCCUCAAAUGGAUAAUACCGUUGUAAGCUCAUUUGAAUUUCCUUUGUUGCAAAAGGAAUUAUCAGUUGCAAACGAUCACACUUCUACAACUUUCUGCUGAGAUAUCACGUGACCAGAACAAGACAAAUUGACCUCAGAGUCUUAUAGCGACAUGUCAAGACUUCCUUGUUUCUUGAGCUUUGACUAGGUUCAGGUUCCUGUCCUUUAGAGUAUGGGUCUUGGCUUCAAAUGACUUCAGAUUUUUGACUCUUUAGAGGCUGGCUUGUUCAGAAUCUGAAAACAUCAGAUUCUGAUCAUCUUCAAAAUUUGAUCCUUUAGAAUCUGAUCUUUAGAAUCCGCCUCUAAGAAAGCUUCUCUUUCAAGGUUCAGUGAAGCUUCAGAACCGAUUUUCAAUCAGUAUAUUGAUCUUUGUACCUGCACAUUUGAAUACAUGUUAGUCUAUUCAAUUGUUCUCAAA